GCGGCGCGGGCGGAAGCGCGCGGUCCUUCCCCAUGGCGGCCAUGGAGCGCGAGCUGCCGUUGAUCCUCGCCGCCGCUCCGUCCUGCGACACCGCCACCGCCACCGCCCCGCACUCGCCGCCCGCCGGCUUCUGGGCCGCAGUCGCCGUGUGGACGGCGAGGCCGCAGGUGGCGAACCGCCGGCUGAGCGGAUGCCUGCUCCAGGCCGAGCGGGAGGUUGACUGCUCCGCCUGCGGCAGCGCUGCUGCGGGGCUGCGGGAGGUGUUGGCCGAGCUGCUGCCGGGGCUGGAGGCCGAGGCCGGCCCGGGGAUGGAGCUGCUCCUUCCCCCGCGGGUCGAGCUGUUGAAGGUGUUGCUGCGGACCGUGAUUCCCAAAGCCGGAGCGGCCACCUGCACUGAGAUAGUCCUCCAAGAUUUUCUAAACAACACAGCAACAUUUAUACCAAUAGACGGGCAGAUUGCAGAAAGUUGUACAUUCAGGAAGAACAAUAUGUACAGAUUAAAACUUCGACACGAUAAAGAAGAUGAAUCAUCAUGGUUUAUUUCCAUUUCCAUAUUGUACCCUGAAGAAUGGGAUGCGGAUGGGAUUUUGUAUCCCAAAACAGCAUGGCUUACAGAUGUUUUACUUACAAAGAUUGUGAAAUGGUCUGCAGAGAACAAGAAGAGUUAUUUUAAGAGCACCCUUUCUCUCAUUCCUGUGGAAAAAUAUAGUCAAUAUUAUCAUAAUUUGAAAGCAAAAUACAAAGAAAUAGUCAAGAUUUGGCCUGAAGUUACAAAUCCUGAAAAAUUUGUUUAUGAGGAUGUCGCCAUUGCUACAUACUUAUUGAUCCUUUGGGAAGAUGAGCGAGCUGAAAAAGGCCUGACUGACAAACAAUCCUUUAUAGAUUUGGGAUGUGGAAAUGGAUUACUGGUUCAUAUCCUGACAAAUGAGGGGCACCCUGGUAGAGGUAUAGAUGUGCGAAAGCGGAAGAUAUGGGAUAUGUUUGGUCCACAAACACGUCUUGAGGAAUGUGCCAUUACUCCAAGUGAUGACUUCCUUUUUCCGGAAGUGGAUUGGCUAAUUGGCAACCAUUCAGAUGAGCUCACACCAUGGAUUCCCGUUGUUGCAGCAAGGUCAUCCUAUUCAUGCCGCUACUUUGUCCUGCCUUGUUGCUUCUAUGAUUUUUAUGGAAAAUACUGUCGAAGGGAACCUAAAAAUACACAGUACAGAGCAUAUCUGAAUUUCAUUACAGAAGUGGGAUCUGUUUGUGGUUUUAAAGUUGAGGAAGAUUGCCUCCGAAUUCCAUCUACAAAACGGGUUUGCUUGAUUGGUAAUCAAAGAACAUAUCCUCUGUCCAGUGAAGAAAGAUUGGAUGAAGAAAGAACACAAUAUAUUAGCGAAAGAUAUUCUUGUACUCUGAGUACAAAUAAUCAUUUUAGUGACGUGAUUGCUUCCACUUCACUUCACUUAGCUCCUGAUAUGAAACAUUGUUCCAAUGCUUAUGAUUCUAUGGUUCAAGAUACCUCUGCUGAAAUGAAUUCACUUGCAUCCAGCAAGUGGUUGGCUGGUUUCCAACCACGAGAAAAAAUACAAAAAGUUAGGAACUGUGCUACGCUGCCGAGGGAUUUCACAGAUGAUGUUGUGCUUCAAGUAGCCAAAGAACUUUUGAAAAUAAAUCAGGACUCCUUUCAGAACAGUAAUGAUGAAGACAAUACAGGAAAUUGGAACAAGGGAGGAAGCCUGCCCCUGAAGAAUGUAGCGGAUCUUCUAGACAGCAGUGCAUUACAGAGAUUAAAAAAUGAGUGUGGAGGGUUGAAGACACUCUUAAGAAACUAUUGUCAGGUAUUUGAAGUUGCUCGUGGCCAGGUUCAGAUUCGAGAUUGGACAAAAGAAAAGCAAACUAAAAAACAAUCACCUGGUGCAAGGAAAAUGCCAUUAGACACAUCCAAAUCACGUCUUUGCUGGUUCUUUUUAAACCAUCCUGAUGGUUGUCCUCGAAAUGCUGAAAAAUGUCCAUUCGCACAUGGAACAGAAGAGCUGCGGCCUCGAACUGUAAAGUAAAUUAUUGGCCAUAUUUUGUUCUUCUGGGCAAUUAGAAUGAAAUAUAGCAAACGAGAAUAAAGAUUUUCAUUUAUAUCCAAA